GAGCAUGUUAUGGAGGACGAGAGGGCAAGAUAUGCUGUCCAGGAUGCAGUUGGGGACUUACUGGAGGAGGUGAGAAGGAUGAGUCGUGGAGGCACAUAUGGCCGUCCACGUCCGGAAACUCUUCAGGUGGCUUUGAGUGCAAGCUGCGGUGCUGGGACACACCGCAGUGUUGCUAUCGUCGAGCGUAUCAAACAGGAGUUGGAGAACGCUCUGGGUCGGCGUACAGUGAGCCUUCGAAUUGUACACGUGCACAGAAGUAAGGGCGAUCAUGAUCCUUACUGAAAACUGGAAGAAUACGAGGAGUUGUAAG